AUGUCCUGGCUAGUACAAUAUAUCACUGCAAACAAAUUUUGCACUCGAUGCAGGGCCUACUCUAACGGGAUGUGCACGUCUUGUGAAAGCUGCAAACGGCGGGAUGAGUAUUACUACAGAAAUUUGGAUGAUGAGAAGAAAUAUUUCUUGGUGCUUAUGAUUGGUGAUUUCCGAGAUGAGAUGGUAAUCCCAGAAGAACUUGUGCAGCGUUUCAAAAGGGAAAUCCUAGGGGAGAUCAAGCUAGAAACCCGAAAUGGUGACAGUCACGCUGUUGUGGUCGCCAAGAUCCAAGAAAAGCGUAUCUUUACAGUGGGUUGGAGGCAAUUUGUUGCAAACUAUGAUCUACAGAUUGGUGAUCUCUUAAUGUUCAGAUACAAAGGAAACAGUCAGUUUAAUGUCAUAAUCUUUGAUAAACUUGGUCGUGAAAAGGCCUCAUCGGCUGUUCUGGAUCCUUUUAUACCUCGUGUCCAAGACAGGGGCAACGAGGCGCAUGAAAUCGGGUCUUCUGAAAAGAUGGAUGUGCAAUGUGGAAGAUGCAACAACUGGCUUGAAUAUCACUACGCGGACUUGGAUAAUGAAAAUAAAUAUUUCUUGAUGCUUAUGAUGGGCGAUUUUCAAUAUGAGAUGAUCAUCCCAGAAGGAAUUCUUGAGCGUUUCAAGGGCGAGUUCCCAAGAGAGAUCAAACUUGAAACACAAAAUCGUCGCAGCUACAAAAUUGGAGUCGCCGAGAACAAACUAGACACUUGCUAUAAUCAAAAGCUUGUCUUUUCAGUGGGAUGGGGGAAGUUCAUCGAAACCUUUGGGCUACAGACGGGUGACACCAUAGUACUCAUAUACAAUGGCAACUCCCAAUUUAGUGUCAUAAUAUUCGAUAAACAUGGCUGCGAGAAGGCAUUAUCAGUUAUUGUAGACCCUGUUCCGCCUCCUGUUCAAGGAAGGCGUCCCUGCAGUACUGAUAUAGUGAAAAGUUCCCAUUUUCUUCCUCGGCCUAUGCAAAGGCAGCCAUUUAUCAUAGUGAAUGGGCUCCCAUUGGAAUCACCGCCAACCGAAGGGCAGUGGCGUGCCCAACUGGAAAUGGACAAGUCAUGUCAAGGCAGCAGGGCUGCAAUAAAUACUCCCCCCUCCGAGUCAUCUGGUCUCAGAGGUUCUUUAUCCUCUGAACAUGGCCAUGGAGUACGUGAUGUGCCCGUUUCCAGCAACAUUGUCAAGAGGAAGGCUAAGAUAUCUUCAUCUCAGAAGGAGCAGUUGAGGGACGGCUACAUUACCGCACACAAGACCAAGCUAACUUCAGCUCAAAAGGACGUGGUGAAACAGAAGGUCCAAUCUCUUGAGUCAAAGAUCCUCAUCUUUGUUGCUGUGAUGUACAAGUGCAAUGUGGAGUCACCAUUCUUUCUGACUUUCCCCAACUACUAUGCUCAGAAGUAUCUUGGAGAGGAGGCACGGAUGCAUCUUGAGCUGCUUGGUGUGAAGUGGCAAGUGCGGUUUCCAAACAACCGUGGCGACAAAAAGCUCAAACAUGGAUGGAAACAGUUUGCGCAAGCCAACAACCUGAAGAUGGGUGAUAUCUGCCUCUUUGAACUACUGAGCAAUCAGAGUACCAUGGUGGUCUAUGUCAUCCCUGCAAAUGAUGCCAAUGUUGAUUGA